AUGAGCUCGAUACGCGGGAAAAUUGCUUCCGUGACGAAAUCAUACGCCAGAGCGAAGCUUUCACUCAACGUAACGCACGUCUUCGCCUCGAGGCGCAGAGGCGUCAGGCCUCCCUGGACCUGUACAGGCACGAACAGAGAGAAUUGGCGGACUUGAUAGACCAGUUUGAGAAGCUGAGCACCACCAGUAGUAUGGCAUGUAGUAAUAGUACUCCGAUGAGUUUGAGUAAUAAGGCACAGGCAGGUGCAACUUCAACUAUGAUCAAGGACAGAAUAUUAGAGGGAAC